UACCAGCUAGGCGUGCUGGUUUCCUUAGAGACAGAAUCAGACCUGAGCGGCGGCGGAAAAACCACCAAGACCGCGGGUCUCUUGGAGAAGCCAACAUGCCGUCGAAGGGAAAGGAGAAAAGUAAAGGCAAGAGCAAAGACAAAGAUAAGAGGAAGAAGACAGUAAAAUAUGAUGAAUCUGCAGUGGAGAGAGCCAAGGCCAAUGCCUCCCUUUGGGAGGCCAGGCUGGAACUCACAGAAUUCUCUAGGACUGAGUAUCGUGAUGCUUCCCUGAGACUCGCAAAAGCUAAUGAGGACUUAAAGAAUCAGCAGUAUAAAAUGGAGAAAGACACCAUGUCUGUAUUAAGCUACCUGAAGAAGCAAGAUCAAGAGAAAGAUAAUAUGAUUGAAAAACUGAAACAGCAAUUGAAUGAAACAAAGGAAAAAGCCCAAGAGGAGAAGGAAAAAUUGGAACAAAAGUAUACGGUGCAGAUAAGUGAGCUGGAGGGACAGUUCAAUCAGAAAGCCAAAGAAAUUGGCAUGAUUCAGGUAGAGCUAAAAACAAUAAAACAAUUCCAAAAGAGAAAAAUCCAAGUGGAAAGAGAAUUAGAUGAUCUGAAGGAGAAUUUAAGAAACACAGAACGGAAACAUCAGGAGACUCUUAGAAGACUGGAAAGCAAGUUUUUUAAAGAAAAGCACCGACUAGAACAGGAAGCUGAAAAGAAGAUUAUAAUGCUGGCAGAGAGAGCCCAUCACGAAGCUGUUGUGCAAUUGAGCAGUGCUGGAAGAGCAGUUUUUAAAGAGAAUGUUUAUCUCCAGAAAGCUCUUGAAUACCACCUGAAGGAAGCUGAUGCUUUACAAAAGAAUGCUGAGAAGUUGCUAGAGUCUCAGACUUCCCUUUUACAACAAAAGGAGAUCAAUGACCUGUUGGUUAAAGAAAAGAUUGUGCAACUGACCCAGCAGAGAUCACAAAUUCAAACUCUUCAGAAGAAGGUGAUAAGCUUGGAGACUGCCCUGAGUUGUAUGACCAGGGAGUUUGAGACUGAAGUUCUAAAGCUGCAGCAACAGGCAAGAGUAGACAACCAAGCGGAUCAGGUUGAAAUUUACAAGUUGCAGCAACUUCUUCAGAUGAAGGACAGGGAAAUGAACAGAGUGAAGAAGUUGGCCAAGAACAUACUGGACGAGAGAACAGAAGUGGAAAGGUUUUUUUUAGAUGCUCUACACCAAGUGAAGCAACAGAUUGCAUUUAGCAGGAAGCAUUAUAAGCAGGUAGCACAAGCUGCUUUCAAUUUAAAAAUGCGAGAGGCAUGUGCAGGAAGAACAGAAUAUCCCAAAAUUCGAACAUUUGAUGGCAGAGAGCACAGCACCAAUAGUGUGAAUCAGGAUCUUAUGGAGGCCAAUAAAUGGACAGAUAUUCAAGGAAAUGUGGAUAUUGAAGAUCUGACUUGGGAGCAGAAGGAGAAAGUCCUACGAUUGCUCUUUGCAAAAAUGAAUGGUUUUGUUCCUAGGAAAUACAGUCAGAGUUCUAGGCCUCCAGUUCCAGACUAUGUUGUUCUAGACAAUGGAGAAACAAAGGAAUUUGGGGAUGAGAGUAAGCUUCAGGAUCAAACCUUCAUCACCCAACAAGUACCAGUCUCAGACUCUUCUGGUGAACUGGUGAUACCCAAUAUUCAGAAAGGAUCACAAGAAUCUGACAUGGUAAGGAGUCUGUAA